AUGCCUUCAACAUGCGAAUUUCAAUUAAACAAUCCCAAUGCGGUUUACAAUAGUGGAGACACAGUAAGUGGUGCGAUUGUUUUGAACACAAGCGCGCCCAAAGAUAUAAGAAAUAUACGCAUAAUUUUGCGAGGCGAGGGAAAAGUAAGUUGGACUGAAACUAAGAGGUACACACAAUCAGGAGGUACUUACACCAAUCCCACGAUUCAGUUUAAAGCCAAUCAGUUGUAUAUCUACAAUUCCAUAACCGUACGUGGUGUGGGAACUAUGCCAGCAGGAACUUAUACAUAUCCGUUUCAAAUACUUCUACCGGUGCGUUGUCCCACCUCUUGUGAAGCUCGUCACGGUCACAUACGCUACGAACUGAUGUUGAAAAUUAAUAGACUGUUUCAUUUCGAUAAUGAGUUUAGUAAAUCGUUGACUGUACUUAAAUUACUGGAUUUAAAUAUAAAUCCAGCUUUUAGGAUUCCCAUUGAAAGUGAGGAAUUUUUUAGUUCUAGCUUUUGGUGUUUUUCAAAUGGUACAGUUAAUACUACGCUUUCAAUUCCAUUCGGUGGCUAUGCCAUUGGCCAGAGUGUUAGAUACGCAAUUCAUAUACGAAAUCAAUCGAUGGACCAUAUUGAAGGCUACACCAUCGAAUUUAAUCGGAAAAUAAUAUUUACUGCCCGCACACCCCACUACAAGACACGCGAAGAUAAAACCACUUUAUAUAAGAAAUCAUAUGGUAACCGCUGUUUACGUUACACCACGCGUAUUUUUGGUGGCAAUUUUGUAAUAGUCUCCACACCUCCCACCACCGAAGGUGAGUGUAUUAUAAGUGUACGUUACUCAUUAAAGGUGAUCUUAAAUAUGGUGGGUAUGACUACGAACAAUAUUAUAAGUGUACCAAUAGUUAUUGGGACCGUGCCACUGAGAGAGAGUAUGGAACCGGCAGCAACUUCGGAAAAUUAUCGCCUUAUUACAGUCGCACCUACAGCUCCCGAACUACUGAGAGAGAGCAUGGUAACGUCAGUUCCCUUAGAAAAUGAUCGCCUUAAUACAGUGGCACCUACAGCUCCCGAACUACUGAGACGAAGUAUGGUAACGGCAGAAAAUUUCGAAAAUUGGGACCUCUCUUAUUCGAAGAAGCUACGUGCAGUAGCUCUCCCUUUAUAG